AUGAUUUCGGCCCGCAACAAAAGCCACAAUACUGCUUCUAAUCGUUCACUAGAAUCUGUAAUUUCAAGAGACUUUGGUUUUCUCACUUCCCUUUCCAUGGUCUCUCGUCAGUCAGCAGGCACGGGAGACAAUAACAUUAAAAUCCCUUGCUUGCCGUUUUUCACAGAAUUGCCAAAAAGCAAGUUUGUGGGGUUUUCAAGGUCCAACUUGACUUGGUUGAUUACCUACAUGAGCAUGGCGCUUUUCCCUGUCUGUAGCCUUGACUUGUUUGUUGACAAGCCUGGUUUUUCAGAGAUCCCGCACAUAUUUGAGAAAGAUCUGUAUAUUAAUACUGAAGUACCUGAGGUUGUGAGGAAUUGA